AUGAAUAGCUCUGACUAUGUCUAUGUCAUGCUCAACAUGAUGGGAACUGGAUACGGUCAAUUGGGACAAGGCGGUGCAAACACUGUGAAAUGUAAACAAGAAGAACCAGUCUUUGCCUACAAAUAUCAAGAAGUCAUUUUGAAAGGAACAAUCAAUUUGGAUACUUUCAUAGCAAUGGCGUUGAUGAAAGACUUGGCAGAGGGACUCCACUUCAUUCAUCGAUCUUUCUUGGGUGUUCAUGGAAACUUAUGCUCAAGCACUUGUUGGAUCGAUGAACGCUGGCAACUGAAAGUCAGCGGGUUUGGCUGUGCCAGUUUCCGCAGAGGGGAAAAACUUGAAAGGAAACGCCAACUUUGGCUAGCUCCCGAACUCCUUCGAAUGCCAAUGAUUGAGGGAACAAAAGAAGCGGAUAUCUACGCUUUUGCUAUCAUUUGCACAGAGAUUGUCACUCGGAAAGAAGUCUAUGAUUUGUCGAAUCGAGAUGAGAAAACGGAAGAGCUCUUGUACAUGAUCAAGCGAGGCGCUCAGGUGCCAGUGCGGCCAGCUUUGAAUGUACACGUGGAUAUGGAUCUGAACCCAGCUGUUCUUCACAUGAUCCGAGACUCCUGGGCUGAACAACCAAUGGAUCGUCCCAAUAUCACAACGAUCAAACGAAUUCUCAAAUCAAUGUCUGGAGAUGGACAGCAAAACUUGAUGGACCACGUCUUUAGCCUAAUGGAAUCCUAUGCGGAGACGUUAGAAAAGGAGGUACAAGAUCGAAUGGUUGAGUUGGUUGAAGAGAAGAAGAAAGGAGACAUGCUUCUGCAGAGAAUGCUGCCAAAACAAGUUGCUGAAAAGUUGAAACUCGGUCAAUCGGUUGAGCCCGAGUCAUUUGAGAGUGUGACGAUUUUCUUCUCGGAUGUGGUACAGUUCACUAAUCUUGCCGCCAGAUGCUCACCACUUCAGAUCGUGGGCCUUUUGAACGAUCUCUACACCACCUUUGACACGAUUAUUGAACAGCAUCAAGUUUACAAGGUGGAAACAAUCGGUGAUGGCUAUCUAUGUGUCUCUGGUUUGCCCUAUAGAAACGGAAUCCAACACGUCAAAGAAAUCGCCGAGAUGUCACUGGGAUUUUUGGAAACUGUCAGGCUCUUCCGUAUCCCGCAUCUCCCCACAGAGUCAGUUAACCUCCGAAUCGGGAUCCAUUCGGGCUCUUGUGUAGCUGGUGUUGUCGGAUUAGCCAUGCCACGUUAUUGUCUCUUUGGUGACACGGUGAAUACGGCUUCUAGAAUGGAAAGCAAUGGAAAACCUGGAAAGAUUCACAUGUCGGUUGAUGCAAUGGUGUUGUUGAAACGAAUUGGUGGUUAUGAUAUGGAAUCGAGGGGAGAAGUGAUCAUCAAGGGCAAAGGUGUGAUGGAAACAUUUUGGAUUUCUGAAAAGAUGCGGAUUCCGCGCAAAUGCGCUUCAAGACCUCCAAAGUUGGCCAAUUUGCAC